AUUACCAACAACGACUCGACACCGACCAGCGACACACACCGAUAGAUCAUCAAAUCCGCACAUCUGAAUCAAGGAUAAAAAGAGAGUUUGAAGAUGGAGGACAACCCACCUCCGUCGGUCUUGCGGCCAGACCUGAUCCCACUCCCCCUCUCUCCUUUCCUGGCUAGACGGAUGAACAAGCUCACACCGACACCUACAUCCACCUCCCACCUAUCCCAGUCAAACUUGGCUGUAGAGGAACAACAAACACCAACCCGCGCUCGACCAUACAGGUCUGAAGCGAACGGGUCGGAUGAACGCUACGGACGUGAAGAGCUGGAAAUAGGAAUUGGAGGAUUGUUGGGCGUUCCAAAGGUGGAUGUGAAGACGCCGUUCAAGAAGAGAGUAAAGGAGGAUCUAGCAAGGAGUUAUGAAGUCGACGAGAAAGAGUUGGAAUCCGUAACACUGGAGGUCCCGAAGUUGGGAUCUCGACCCGAACCGGACUUGAAGUCGACCUCGAGCCUAGACUCGGUUUCAGGACACGAGCAGGACCCCUUCCUCCAUUCGACCUCGACCAACACCACAACCAAGGAUACAUGUGUCCCAUCUACUUUGGAAGUAAUCCCGGUGAAACUUUAUCAGCCUCAACCACUCGAGCUGAAAUCAGCAUCACCCUCAUCGGAACCUAUCGACGUCAACGUACCUAGUGUGCGUAGCGACGAACCCGACGUGGAAUCAGCAGUGAACAUCCAGAUCCAGGUCGAACCUCCGACCAAGCGCCGAGACCCGGGACAGUCGUACGGGCAUGGGAGGUCCCCGUCCGGGCGAGAAUAUUUGGAGCUAGGUUUGGGAGUCGGGGUGGGGUCGGAAGCGAAGGUUGAGGGGAUGACGUCCCCGAAAAAGAGCCAACCGGUUCGGACUACCGCAACUGAUUCGGAGGAAAAGGCAGCUUCAAGUUCAGGAGCGAAGGCACAGAAUAAAGCGAACCAGGAGGAGGUUAACGAUGCUCGUGUCGAUUCAGCUACAUCGGUGUGUAUGAAUACUCCGAACAAGGUCCGACCUACCUUAACCUCAACUUCGAGCUCGAGCUCGCCUCGAGAAGGAAACGUCCCUGAAACGGUAGGCAGGAGCGGGAGGUCUGGAUCUCGAGAAGGUGUUGCUACCGCCAGUCCUCGGCCAGGCACCUCGACCUCUGGUCACGAUAACACCCUAUUGAGCGGGUCCGAGCCCGAGGUCAAGGAAGUCAAGCAUACCAACCCAUCCGGUCCCAAGAAGCGCGAAACCAACUCAAAACACGAUAACUUGCAAGUAAACAGCAUGUACAGCCCAGAAAACCUGGGCGUUGGGGACAAGUCUACCUUUUUACCUGACACACCGGGAAUCAGGAGGGACGCGUGGAUGUUGAACGAGAGCUGUCUUUUGACGCGGACCGAGCUGGGAGGGACGGAGCUGGGACAGAUCGGAGAUGAUUCGGUCAUCUUCCUUUCCAAAUUCGACCAGUUCACUGUGCAGGAGGGGGAGAACGAGGAGAAGGCAGGACGGGCGAGUGAGAUCACCUUGGAGGACACGAGCCUGGACCUAGGUCAACAGAUGAACCUCGGCUCUUCGAUACUGGGUUCGAACCUGAUGAACGAGGACAAGGAAAUGAGGGAAGCUUUGGGGAGGGUGGAUAUGACUAUGAUCGGGGAUGAGACUACGAUGGAAGGGUUGCCUGUGGUGAGACCAGCGCGAAAGGUUAGGGGGAUGGAGACUCUUGUGGAGGUGCCUACUCCUAGACCGGCAGAGUCAACUGCGACUGUCAAACGUUCGCCUCACAAGGUCAGAAACAUCAACGGAAAUGCGGCGGAAACCUUCAAGUGUACCACCUCCCGAGCGGGAGCGGGAUUAUUAGCCCCGCCCGACAACAUGGAUAAUGCAUACGAGACUCUGGACCUUAAGACGAUGCUUCAGCGAACAUCGAUCUUGCCGAAAGACAUGUAUGGAGUGGGCAAGGAUGGAAAACCGGAAUGGAGGGGAGACUUGAGCGUGACCGAGUUGAUGAAGGAGGAUAACCCGUUCAUCGCCACGGCGGAGGAACAGGAAAGGGCUUCAAGGAGGAUCAGGACCGACGGACAUUCGACGUUGUUCAAUAGACCCACCAUACAGGCUGGGCCGUCUCGAUCGGCAGGUCAAUCGCUGCGUAAUAUCUUUUCCAGCGGAUCUCCCGGUAGCCCGACCAAGCCGGCACCAGAACCUCGCGCGAUGAACGAAGUCGAACGCGAAUUUUCCCGAAUGACCAGCACGGAUACGACUCAGCCGUCGAGGCUCGUCUUUCAGCUUGACCCAACUUUAUCGAAAGACGGAUUGAAGAAGGUGGAUCAACAGGCCAAAGCCGAUGAGGCGAGAGGCACCAAGUUGAAAGCGUGGGAGGACGCCAAGCGGUGGACGUUUGUCAUGGACAAUAUGGCGUGGGCCCGAAAGAUGCAGGCAGAGGGUUUGCUACAUGGGGAACAAUUAGAGAAAGUGCUGAAGAUUAUUUACGAUGAGACACCGUUGGAUAUCAGUUCAGGUGUGCGAUGCCCUGCGACUCCAGUUUUCGUUAAGGAUGCUAGGCGACUUCAUCCUGCUCAGACUAGUAUCCGAACGCAUCGCCGUUCUGCGAGUAUGGAUCCGACUCAGACUGGGACCUUAGGUCGAGCGCGAUCUCGAGCGACCUCGUCUGGACAAGAUUUGGGUAGGUUGACGGGACACCGACGCAACGCGACUAUGGACCCUUCGCAAAUCUCAUCCAGUGUUACGAUACAACCGAGCAGGGUCCGCGUUACUAGCAGGACUUCGGUAGAAGCGCCCAAGCCAGGAUUUGUGGGAAGCGGAACCUCACGCUUCGGGAACACCACUCGAGCUCCUUCUGUGGGCACGAAAACAUCGCCUCCGAAAGCCGCAAGUCGCCCAUCCGCUGCAUCCAAGCCCCCGGUUGCCAACCCCGCGCUAGGCCAAUCUCGAACACGAACAAACGGGACCAGCGCGGAUCAAGUUUUGGCUUCGAUGGGGAUCAGGGAUCCCACGUCUAGAACAUCCCGGAUCGCUGCUCCCGCUAGCCGAGCGAGUACGAAUAGUAGCAUGAUCGGCAGGAGUCGAGUAUCAUCGACUGCAAGCUCUGUCGUCUCUGCCCAACGCGCUUCGACGACUGCUUCGUCCGUAAUAACAGGGCGCGCUAGCGCGACCUCAAACGCCACCGCAGCCCGAACCCGUAUGACCCAACCAUCGGCCUCGGGUCUCGAGCGGACUGUUGGUCGUCCAUCUGAAGCGCCGAGGCAAUAUGUCACGAACAGGCAGAUGACUGGAAAUACCGGCGUCCCGCCAAAGAGGUUGUCAUCUGUCAGUGCGACAACCGGCUUGAGAGUCGAGAGAAGCACUACUAGCUCGCGAAUGACCGCUACUCGGACUUCUACUCGAGGCCUUCCGUAGUGAUACUCUUGAUAUGCUUGUGGUGUUUUGAAAUCUAUUCCAGAUUGUAGACCCUGACAUGCCCAGUGCAAGUCGACAGCCAAAGCCGUUAUAUGAUCUCGGUACAUGUUGCUGCAUGUAGAAUUCGGCUUGCUUGGACCUCGAACGUUUCAAAGUCGACGAAUCCGACUUUGAUCGCGUAGA